AUGGGUUCGAGUAGCGGUUUGAUCGUUGCCGGGAUUGCCGGUGCGACAGCCAUUGGCAUCUCGUUUGCGGCGAUUCCGUUUCUCACCCCUGCGCUGCGACGCGUCUGCAUACCCUACGUACCCGCUACCCCACCACAACUCAAAAAUGUAUCCAUCGCUCUUGCCGAGCACAUUCCGAAGCCAAGCCCACUUAUUGAUCUAGGAUCUGGAGAUGGACGUGUUAUGAAAUUUGGCGAGCAAUUGGCGAGCCAUUUGACGCCAGAAUGGCGAAAGCAAUACAUCGACUAUGAAGCACUCAAGCAUCUUCUCUACGACAACAUGUUGGAAGUGCCGUCGGAGGAAGACCGUAGAGAAGAGCAUAUUGCUCAGAUGGAUGAGAAAUUUUUCAAUGAGUGUGACAAUGAGCUGACUAAGAUCAACUUAUUUUUUUCACAAAAGAUAGCAGAGGCCCAAGGCAAAUAUCAUGAAUUGCAAACCGAUCUACAAAUGUUCAAAGAGGCUAUUCAGACGCGGACUGAGCCCACCACCCUAAGGAGAAGAUUCGGUGCACGUGACAAACUUCAUAAGGAAACUGCAAAAACUAGCCAGCAGCUCAAACUUGCUUUCUCAGAGUUCUACCUCAGUUUGGUCCUAGUGCAGAACUUUCAACAACUGAAUGCAACCGGUUUUCGGAAGAUUCUCAAGAAGCACGACAAGCUAACUGGAAAUGAACGUGGAUUGGAUUGGCGAAUAAACAAGGUGGAAAAGAGUUCCUUCUUCCUGAAUCGUGAAAUUGAGACGCUCAUCAACAACGUCGAGACGUCUGUGAUUAACGAGCUCGAAGGCGGCAAUCGUCAAGCUGGUAUGAAACGCUUGAAAGUGCCCCCACUCUCUGAAAAGCAAAAACCAAUCACAACGUUUUCCCUUGGUCUGUUCAUGGGAGCCAGUAUGAUUUUGAUUCUUUCAAUUCUGCUAUCAUGGUGGGGUGCAGCAGCUCGACCAAAUGAACCUCAGUGGGUAGCAGUACGGCUCUUCCGUGGACCAUUUCUGCUGUUUCUUUCGAUCUUCAUGUGUGGAGUGAACAUGGCUGGUUGGGCUAGUGCUGGUGUAAACCACGUGCUCAUCUUCGAAGUGGACCCUCGACACCAUCUUUCGUAUCAAACACUCAUGCAAAUCGCUGCCUUCAUGAUCAUGUUGUGGGCAUGUGCCGUGCUCGCGUAUCUUUACGCCCAUCUCCUGCACAUACCAGCAUUCUCACCUCCCUUAGCACUUAUGAUUAUCUGUGCUGUUGUUAUGUUCAAUCCACUUUCAAAGCCAGAUUACCUGUUCCAUAAGAACUCCAGAUGGUGGCUCAUUCAACAUUGUUUCAAAUGCUUCACUGCUCCACUGCACUUUGUCACAUUCACGGAUUUCUGGCUUGGUGAUCAGAUGAAUUCGCUGACGACAUCAUUUCUUGACUUCCAGUACUUUCUCUGUUUUUAUUCCACCGAAGUAGAUUACUCUCCGGAUAACUUCCUUGCUGUACGAACGAUCAAUUCGACAACAGGAGCAGUACCGUGGGGUUAUGUCGACAUCACCACCGGCAAGGACAUGUGUAUGUCAGCAUCUGGAGUACGGUCGUUCGUUUCGAUUAUACCUGCCACGGUUCGAUUUAUGCAGUGUUUACGACGAUAUCGAGACACAAAACGAGUCCAUCCACACCUUGUCAAUGCGGGAAAGUACUCUACUACGUAUCUGGUCGUCGCUUGUGGUGCUCUCAAUAAAUGGGCCGAAAAAUCCGAUCCUAAUGGCACUUCGCCUUUCUUCUAUAUCUGGAUCGCGUCCUAUAUCCUGUCCUUCACCUACACCUUUUUGUGGGACAUUUUCAUGGAUUGGGGUUUGAUCGAUCCGCGAGCACCGAAAGAAGCGCCGUUCCUGCGUGAAGAAAUGAUUUAUGGAAGCAAGUUCUACUACUAUGCUGCAAUUGUCCAAGAUUUCGUUCUGCGACUUUCUUGGGUUCUCAAUGUCUCUCUUGGUGAGGCGUGGACGCUCGAUUCAGACUUCCUGACCACGGUCACAGCUCCAGCUGAAGUGUUUAGGCGUUUUAUCUGGAAUUACUUUCGACUGGAAAAUGAGCACGUGAACAAUUGCGGUCAGUUCCGAGCAGUACGUGACAUCUCCGUGAAGCCGAUACGGAAAGGAGACCUAGAGUCCUUAUUAUCGAAGAUGGAUCAGUUUGAUGGCGUAACCCAUAGAGGGCAGGAUUUGGCUGAAAGAAAGAAAAAGCAAAAGAAAGCCCAGAAGACGACCAGGGUUCUGUUACGAAGGGCUCGUCAACACCGUGUGACAGUUCCCAUUACCUCUGCACCCAUCACUACACACCUUGUUGAAACACAGCAAUAG